GUCGGAUUUCCUCUCAGCAUUUGCGCAAAAAAACAUUCUCCAGAUCAAAAUGUUGUUCAAGCCUCAAAGCUGCGAGAGCGCAGCAGCGGUAUCAUUUUCGCAAGCAUUCCUGCAGGGCACUGGCAUACCGAUACACGAAGCGAGCACGUGAGAAUAUCUAACCACAGAUAUAGGACAAAUAAAAAUAAACAUGAUAACACUAAAGGAGCAGGAUUGCCUUUUCCAAGACCGCGGUUCGCGGCAACAUAGGAAACACCCGGCUAAUUUGUUUCAACUGCUGCUAGCUCUCGGACUAUGGUGCAUCCCUUCUCCGUGCGCUUCUGCGUCUACUCUGGCAUCCAAAGAGAGCGGCUCAUCAAGCGCACCCAGCUGCACCUGCCGCCUGCUCUUCGACCCAGUCUGCGCGGGCGGCAAGACCUACAGCAACGCCUGUCAGGCCACAUGCGCCGGUUGGACCGCGGCAACCAUACGCAGCGGCGCAUGCGCUGCCGGCACGGCUGCUGCUGCAGCUGUGCCAGCGGCUCCCGCAGCAACGACGAAUAAUAAUAAUGAAGAAGCGGCGGUGGCGACGGAGGCGGCGGAAGCAUGGUCGCCCUCACCGUCGUCACUGGCAGCGAGACCCCAACCGCAACCAGUCGUGGAGCCGCAGCCACAAUCAACAGCAAUUAAAUCGCCUCCACCACCUCUUCCGCCGCCACCACCGCUGACCCUGCUGACGUCGCCAAACCUGCCGUCGCCACCCGCGUCACCUCCAUCAUCGUUAGCUGCUGGCGACGGAGGGAAUGCCGGCGGAGGCGAUGCCGGUGGCGGCGCCGGUGUUUACGGUGGUGCUGGCGGCGGCGGCGGCGGUGGCAGCAGCGGUACUUCCUCCUCCUCCGCCUCCGGAUCCUCCUGCAUCUGUGCAGCGGUCUGGGAUCCGGUGUGUGGCGAGGACGGCAGGAUGUACGGUAAUAGCUGCCAAGCGAGGUGCGCCCACGUCACCUCCUUCACCUCCUGCGUCCCGGGGCCAGCACCAACCGGGGCAUCAUCGUCAUCAACACCACCGCCCACACUGCAUUCGGCAACCGGCUCUCCACCACCUACUUACGCUGGUGUGGCCACCGGUGGUAAGGUCCUAUCCGACGAUGUUAAUGAACGUACAGUUGUUACCGGGCCUCCGACGCAGCGCCAACUCCAAUCACCGCCACUCCAGCACCAAUCGCAGCAGCAGCAGCAACCACCUAGCAGCAGCAGCAGCUCCAUCAAACACAUCGGGCUGGUGCUUCGGCCACCGUCACCACCACCACCACCACCACCGCCGCCUCCCUCCUUCCCGACCUCAGGACGUUGAGGGAGGUGGGACGCUGUUAUGUUGUGUCAACCUCGCGUCUAUAAAUUUCAGAGCUAGCUAUAUAUGUGUUACGUUAUUGUUCUGGGUCGUCGUCAUACAUCUGUGUCAGGCUUGCUUACCGGUGUAGGAGUCCAGAGGGUGGUUGCUUGAUAUCGGUGGUUGCCGGCUGGUGCAAAAACGCACGGACCUUUCUUCCUUUCGUACGCCAUUACUGUAGCAAACACGGUGUGCAUGGCUUGGUGAGUUUAGGAGAGAUACGUUACACGCGAGUGAUAACCUGGCAACAUGCAGCUAAGAUGAUGAUGUACGGCAAGCUUUUGCUAUAUUUGGUUGCUCGUUCGUAAUGAUGUCGUCUGCUGCUGCCGGUAGAUCGUUCGGCCUUGGUUGGUUACUUGAUUGCACUGCUGGUUACCUGCUACUGCCUUGCAUCAGCUGCUGCAUGCUUGGCAGGAAACACACACAGGGGUGCCGUACGUGUGCCGCGGCAAGGACGUACGAUUCCUGCUGGUUACUAGACAGUUAUUAUCCAAUUGUGUGAAACCACAAAACCACAUGUGUGAAAUGCACAUAUGCCGCCGUGCCGGACGCCGUU